AUGGCAGACGCAAAGAAAGAGACAUGGACAACGCAUUGGCGACUGUUCCUCGCAUGUGGCGUCAUGAUCUUGAGUCCAUUCCAGUAUGGGAUUGAUUUUGGCAUGAUCGGUGGGCUCCAGGCGAUGGUGGGCUUCUUGCAGAUCUACGGAUACCGGACGCCUGCAUCCCCAACGGGCUGGAACAUCGCCACUGAGAGACAGCAAUUGAUAUCGUCGCUCAUGACGCUAGGCGCCUUCAUCAGCGCUGGUACCGCAGGCCUUGCCGCAAACAAAUUUGGUCGAAAAGAUUGCCUUUGGGUGGCUUGUAUUACGUGCUGCGUCGCCAAUAUCAUCAUGAUGACUACCACGCACAUCGCCGCACUCUACGUUGGUCGCCUCGUCAUUGGGUUGGCGAACGGAUAUUUCAUGACCUUUUCGCAACUCUACAUCCAAGAGAGCAGCACUGCUAAGUUCCGUGGGCUGUUCUUGACUGGUUUCCAGUUCUUCACUUCUUUCGGUACAUUAAUAGGUACGAUAGUCGAUUGGGCAACUGCGAAACGUCCAGACAAGUCAUCCUAUCUUAUCCCGCUCGGUCUCAUCUACGUCGUUCCUUUCUUCCUCUCCAUCGGAAUGCUGUUUAUUCCCGAGUCGCCUCGAUGGUUAAUCCUGCAGGGUAGGUAUGAAGAAGGAAAAAAGUCGCUUGACUGGCUGAGGCCGGACGGAUUCGAUACAGCUGCCGAAGCCGCGGAGAUCAGGGCGGCCAUCGACAAGGAGAAAGAGAUGAGCUCUGGUGUUGGCUGGGUUGAUAUGGUGAAGAAUCCUGUCGAUCGCAGGCGGACACUCCUCGCUAUCGCUGCGGUCUCUCUGCAGGCUGCAUCAGGUGCAAUGUUCAUCAUUGCCUAUAAAGCUUACUUCCUUACCAUGGCGAAGGUUUCAAACCCAUUCGCCAUGUCUAAUGUACUUAGCUGCAUCGGUAUCCUAGCCAUCAUCGCGAACUCCCUCAUCAUUGUCAAGUUUGGCAACCGUCGCGUUCUCCUCAUCACCGGUCUGCUCGUCUGCGGCAUCCUUCAAAUCAUCAUUGCAAUCGUAUACGAUAAGAAACCUGGAACAAAGAGCACAGGCACAGUCAUCAUCGCCCUUUCUUGCCUAUACAUGUUCAGUUACAAUGGCCUCAUCGCAACGUACGCUUGGCUAGCAGGCGGCGAGAUUCCCACGCAACGCCUCCGCUCGCACACCUUCGGCAUGGCCGCAGCUGUUGGGUUCGCUGGUGCCUGGCUCACAACUUUUACUGCGCCCUACUUCAUCAACCCUGCUGCGCUCAAUUGGGGCCCGCGCUACGGGUACAUUUGGUUCCCAUCCUGCGUUCUGGCGGCUGCUUGGGUGUUCUUCUUCCUGCCUGAGGUGAAGAACCGUACACUUGAAGAGAUCGACGAGAUGUUCGAGGCACGCCUACCGGCAAGGAAGUUCAAGACGUACAAGUGUGUGGGUGUACUGAAUACGCUGGAUGCGGAUGCUAGGAAGAGCAUUGAGAAAGAACACCGCGUUCAGGUGCUCAUGAGCGAGAAGGUGCAGACUGAAACGAGCGUAUCGAAGGAAUAG